AUGGUUACCGCCAAAUUGCCAGUACUCGCGAUAGGCAUCCUACUUGCCCUGCAAGCAUAUGCAAUCCCUUCAUCUCCUAAAUAUAUACAUGGGAUCAGGCCAUCUUCGCCUCCGUCUCUUUCAUCUUCCGCGCUGCCCACGACCAUAUGGGCAUCUAAUUCGUCGGCAAAAGCUGAAGCUCAGCUUCAGCGGCUAGCUGAGAUCGCGCGCGAUGCAGUGAUUUCUGAUGUCACACACGCCCCCCUGCGACAUGAGGGAUGUACUCAGCAAACCAUGCGAAUCCGUCGUGAUUGGAGGGCCUUCACUCGGAAGGAGAAGAAGGCUUAUAUAAACUCCCUUGCUCCGGGAACCAAGUCACGAUAUGAUGACUUUGUGGCUACUCAUAUCAAUCAGACGCUGAUAAUCCAUUAUACGAACAUCGCUGACUACUAUGAGAAGGGAACAUUUUUGGCAUGGCACAGACAUUUUGUUUGGAGCUUUGAACAAGCCUUGCGAAAUGAGUGUAGCUAUACAGGUGAUAUACCAUAUUGGAAUUGGGGUGCCGACGUUGACGAGAUGGAGAAGUCCGAAGUCUUCGAUGGAAGCGACACUUCCUUGUCAGGUAACGGCGCUUAUAUCCCGAAUCAACCCGAUGUCAAACUGGUGCUAGACGGCUAUCCGGAUAUCUAUCUUCCUGCUGGCAGUGGCGGAGGCUGCGUGACCAGCGGCCCCUUUAAAGACUACAUACUCAGCAUGGGACCAGCAGAUUUAGUCGUACCCGGUCGCAACAUCAGUGUGAGCCCACACCCUCUAGACUACAAUCCGCGGUGCCUGCGACGAGACUUGACCAGCGCGAUCUUGCAAAAGUUCAACAAAUUCUCUGACAUCGUGGAUCUUAUCACAAAGAGCAACGAUGUCUGGGACUUUGAAAUGACUAUGCAAGGAUUUCCCGAUUCAGGACUCAUUGGCGUCCAUGGUGGCGGUCAUUUCGCGAUGGGUGGUGAUCCUGGUCGUGAUGUCUUCGUUAGCCCUGGCGAUCCGGCCUUCUGGCAUCACCACGCCAUGAUCGACUAUGUUUGGUGGAUUUGGCAGAAUCUGGAUUGGGAGGCUCGCGGGGAUGCAAUCUCGGGGACGGGUACCUUUUUGAAUGACCCUCCAUCGGCGAAUACGACGCUUGAUACGCUUAUCAAUGUUGGUUAUGCGGGUGGGGAUCCCAUUGCUAUGAAGGAUAUAAUGAGUACAACUGGUGGUCCGUACUGUUACAUUUAUGUAUGA